CUGUGAGGUCCUGAAUCAUCCAUCAACGCCAUCAACUCUACAAGUUUGUACUUCUAUCGAAUAACAAGAGAAAAGAAAAAUCUGGAAUCAAUCAUCCGAKUAUUGUUUCUUCGACAGCAAAAUCAGCAUAGUUGAAAAUUUUAUUGAUAAAUUACUCUGCAWUUAUUCUUAUCCGCCAAGAUGUUGCGUAGAGUCGCGUUCCUUCUUUACAUUAUACCUGUUGCAAUAACAGAUGCCUUCUCUUCKGGAGGAGGAGCACCUACAGGCAACCCAAAAAGCUCGGACGAGCCUGAAGUCGUCUCCAAGAACUUCGUCGAAAUCACGAGUCUCAACAACUUUGGGGGACGCAAAGAGUCGCUGCCUGCAUCCUUUAUCGAACGCUGGCCGAAUUGGUUUCUCGAAAACGACGGGACUUUGUUGAGGAUACAGGACGAAGAAACCGCUGGUGGACUUGGAUACGUGACACCGACCUCCAUUGAUCAAAUUUUUCAACCCGUCGAUUUGAAACGUCCUGAGAUAAAACUCGCCGUCGGAAUACAUGUUCGCUCGGGAAUUAUUCGCCAUGUGCUACCCGCGCUAGACAUCAGUUACGGGAAAGGAACGCACAGAAAUCGAGGUUUGUGCAGUGUUCCUUUGGCACACAAUUGGGUUGAUUUUGGUUAUUUGUCGAGCCUGGCUGAUUACAACCGCUACCAGCUGAUACUAUCGUCCGCCAAACGACAGCGCAGCAGCGAUGRCGUGGACAAUAGGAUAUGGGACAAGCUUUCUUCGCUGCCAGGCAAUGCGAUCGCCAGGGCAAUCGAGCGAGCAAUUGUUUGUCUUGCUGAGGAGGACUCAGACGCGCUUGGAGAGGGUUCACAUAUCAUUCAUAUUGCCCUUGAUGAUGCAAAGGUCUUGGAAAUGCCGAAGCCCAAGAACGACGUGCGAGUGACGAUGGUUGAGGUCGGCGACGAAGGCGAACAAGAUAUUGAAAUCGGUAUCCUCGAUGUGGCCAUCGUUACCGCCAUGAGUGGAAGUGAUUCCGAAUACCUACCAGAGGCGUACAAGCCUUUGUAUUCCGACGCGUCGCUGAGAAACCCMUUGUAUGAAAAUUUCAAAAAGCGCAAGGCAGAAAGAGCAGAAGAAGAAGCAAAGGCCCGAGAAGAGGCAAAGAAGGAGCUAUGAAGUAAUCCGAUACACUAUCAUUAACGCUACAAUUACUUUUUGCCACCGACAGGUUUCGAUUUUGAAACAAUACGUUAUAAGAGUCAAUAUGAUUUCAAUUUGCCAUCYUAACAUAAAAACACAACAAUUCG